AAAAAAGAAAACCAGUAGUUUACACAUGGGAAAAGAAGAACACCCCAUCAGGAGGUUCGGUCGCCAUUCUCCGACAAUCCUCAUUUCCCUCGAAGACAAAAGAUGCCGAACUCGCAUUUGAAUAUUUGCUUCAUAGUGUUGCAUUUGCUCAUAAUUCAGUUUUCACCCAGAGUCUCAUCGAUCAGGAAGGAUAUCAGCCUUCAACAGAGACAAAUUUGCAGAACUACGGCGCAAGGAAGAUAUUUACUAUCUGAUGAUAAUGGUCAUGUGUGUGAUGCUCUUUCAGUGGAUCCACAGUCACGCUGCUGUCCACGAAAAGGAGAGCAAUUCCUUUGUUAUGGUUGCAACCUUGUUUCACAGUGCUGCAACUCUUACGAAUUUUGUGUUUCAUGCUGUCUGAAUCCAGCACAGACGCAAAAGGAGCUAGCGCUGAAGGUAAAGGUGGCCAAACCAGUAACUGCAGGGACUUAUGCAAGUGUAUUUGAUUUCUGUGUCGGGAGAUGUCGUCAUAAUUCUGAGAGUGUGGUUCAUGAAAAUGCUUAUCUGAGCGAUUUUCAUCACUGCUAUUCUCUGCCGUCAAAUUUUUCAGGGAUUACUGAUGCACGCCUUGAAGCAAGACUUGUUGGCAUUAAUGUUGUUGUUGGAAGGCAAGGAGAGUCAUGUGAUUCCGUUUGCAAGUCAAUUGGGCAAUCUUGCGUUCAUAACAAAUUGUUGAUGCUUAAUCAGUGUGAAAUUAUGCAGAAGUAUUUCAGUUGCAAAGGAGCAUGCCUAGCAAGCGUAGGAGUAGAUCAACCUGCUGAAGUUGUUGAUGAUGCCCCUCGACAUCUGAAUCCCGGAGCAUGCUUAUAUACCCGAACGCAAACAAUGCUGUCUUGUGAUGGUUCACAUCGGCAUACGAGGAGACUUUGCCCCUGUGCAUAGUCAUUUGCUGGGUACUUCUGUUUCAAGAGAGAACCAUGGCAUUCAACCUGACCUGCCCAACAGUUGAUUAUAUGUGCAGGAAGUGCUACGAAGAUUGCUGGCACUGAUCAUGGUCGGUGGAUAUUUAAGAUUUUUGUGUACCAGUGCUUGCUUCUUAUAUCGUAUUUACAGAAUCACAUAUGUAUCUCUCUCUCUCUCUCUCUCUCUCACACACACACACAUGCGCGCGCACACACACACAAAGCAGAAUCCCAUGUUUAUAAUGCUUGCAUAGAGGUAGAUGGAAUCAUUUGUAUCUAGAGAGAGAGAGAGAGAUGACAUUAUGAAACAUUGAUUUGCAUUGGGAUGUCUUUUUCAUGUUGAUAGCACAAAAUAUCAUGAUGCAUCCUCUUCGUCUUUCAUAUUCUUAAAGACCAGUGUAAUCUUCAUCACUGCGCUUUUUGCCACUGAAGUAAUUUUAAUUAAUGAACAUUUUUAUGCGUUACA